AUGGCUUUCAGGCCUGUUCAUUCAUGGACUUUGGCUACUCUUAUAUUGGCCUUCGUUGACCUUGCCAUUGCUUACGUCCUGCUUUGCGGAUCCGCUUCUGCUUUUCUUUUAUCAAAAUUCUUGAGUGCUUUUGGACUUUAUCUGCCAUGUCCAUGUAGCGGCAUUUUGGGGUAUCAAAAUAAUGAUUUGUGCUUGCAUAAACUGGUAAUUGAUUGGCCAAGAAGCAAAAUCAAUUAUGUUCAAGACUUGGUGAAGAGUAGGUUCCCUUUUGAUUUGGUUUGGUUUAGGGCUCAGUCAAGUGAUUUGCAUGUGGAGGGUGUUAGAGAUAGAAAACGCGAAAAUGAGGUGAUUGAAUUGGAGGGAGAAGGGUGCUCUAGUUCCUUUUCAGGUCCGAGAUUAUUUUCUUCUGUUGAUGGAGAAAGUGGAUAUGAUACCAAGAGAAAGAAAGUUACGAACCAAAAGCUCAGGUCUGGAAUCCGAAGGCGCAGGAGAACUGCUCUUGGAUAUGGAAAAUUCCCUUCUGCUUUGUCUCCUAAAAGCACUGGCUCAGUUGGUCUAGGUGUUCCUCACUCUUAUCAUGAUAGCGGCGGUGAGAUGAGAAGUCAAAUCAGUGAAAACUUGGGUCCUGCAAGCGGAACCGAAGAUGGUCUUCUGGAUGAUGGGCAUGCUCUGAAUAGUAUUGAUAAUGGUGAACGAGUUCAUAGUAGUUUUGAAUUGAAUGGGUCGUAUGACAAGGGUAAAGGCAUCAGAAAUGAUCCAUCAUCUGUUGGAGACAUUGCAUGUAACAUUGAAGACACAUCGAACAGCAUUGGAAAUGAUGCAAAUGCAAUCAAAAUGUUGGAACAAGCAUUUGAAGAAGAGAAAGCUGCCCUUGCUGCUCUUCACCAAGAUUUGGAGAAAGAGAGGGCUGCUGCUGCUAGUGCAGCUGAUGAGGCCAUGGCCAUGAUCAUGAGGUUGCAAGAGGAUAAGGCAUCGAUAGAAAUGGAAGCGAGGCAGUAUCAGAGGAUGAUAGAAGAAAAGUUUGCUUAUGAUGAAGAAGAGAUGACCAUUCUGAAAGAGCUUAUUGUUAGAAGGGAGCGAGAGAAUCAUUUUCUGGAGAAGGAACUCGAAGCUUAUCGCCUGAUGAACACUUCAGGAAAGGAGAAGCUGGAAGACGGCUCAAGAUAUAAGCCAAACAAUACUGGAAAAAGGCCCUUACUUUCACUCGAUUCAAAUGAGACCCUACUGCUGCUGCAGCAGCAGGUUGGGAAGACUAAAACCAUUUUUCAGAAUGAAGUGGAAACAAACACAAAUUGUUCAUCAAAUCAUGAACAUAGUCACACCUUUUCUUUUGGGAAGGAAAUGAUGCCAGAGCUUAAGGAGUCAGCUUCUAAUUCAUCUACUUUACAAGAGGUGCUGCAGAAAACUCCUAGCUUAGCAGAGAAAGAAAAACCACAAAGAGAGAUUAGCAUGAUAUCCCAAACUUGUGGAGGCGUGGGAGAGGAGCUGGGAAAAGACAGGAACCAUUUGAAUCAACCAGGAAGCUAUAUGCAUAGUCCUGUGCUUGACACCGAAUUGAUUGUUUAUGAUGUUCAUGUCCUUGAUGAUAAAAGUACAGUUUGGAAGGAGGAUGGUGGAAAAGAAAGUGGACCAUUGAGUAAUGCUCCUUCAGAUUUUGGGGUUUGGACCACUAGUGAACUGAGUGAGUUUCCAAGUAUAAGUGAGACAGAAAUUGAGCCUAAUGCUCAUGGAAGCCAUUUGGACACCGCUAGCAGUUCACCAGGGUUGGGCAAUUCACAGUGCAAAACGUUGGAUAUUGACUCACAGCAGAAUUCUUCAUCUGCAGUCAAUAGUGAAAGGUUGAAAAUUGACUCUGAAGUUGAAUGGCUUAGAGAAAGGCUACAAGCAGUGCAAGAGGAAAAGGAAAAAUUGACUUUCUCUGCAGAGCAUAAGAGGAGAGUCAGUGUGCAAUUGAAACACGUGGAGGAGAUAGUGAGCCAGCUUCAAGAAAUCUAUCAGUUGAGAGAGCCAUUGCAGCAGGCUUCUUUACCUGUUUCAUCUUCUAAGGUGUGCUGA